AUGAAGAAAGUGAGUAGAGCACAAUGUGCUAAUUGUACCUGUUCACCAGGAUUAUUAUCACGUACUCACAAGAGUUCAUUAAGUCUUGCUAAACGAGUUAGCAUGAGAAAGAGUGGGUCAGGAUCACCUAGAGGAGGCUCGAGAAAGGGUUCGGUUUUCACGAUAGAUGCGGCCAGCUUGUGUGCCCCUGAUGCUAAAGAAGUCAAUACAUCGAAGCGGUUAGAAAAAUUGCGGUUGUUGAUGGCAGAAUACGAUUUGGGGGUGUAUGUUGUACCAUCGGAGGACCAGCACCAGUCGGAGUACGUUUCUGCGUUUGAUCAGAAGAGAAGUUUCAUUUCUGGGUUCCAAGGUAGCGCAGGGGUGGCGGUCGUUACUAGAGAUGUGAUGUGUAUGAAUGAGACUCCUGAAGGGGCUGCAGCUUUGUCGACCGAUGGUAGAUACUUCAAUCAGGCGACGAAUGAAUUGGAUUUUAAUUGGGUCUUAUUGAAGCAAGGAGUCAAGAACGAGCCUACGUGGCAAGAGUGGAGUGUGGACCAAGCAAUUCAGUUAUCGUUAGAUUCGGGAAGCAAGAUAAACAUCGGAGUGGACCCAAAAUUGAUCACAUACCAGGUGUACGAGAAGUUCGAUAAGGUGGUUAGAGAUAAACUUUCAUUGCCGAAGAACUCAAAUGCAGAGGUAGAGCUUGUGGCGAUCAAGGAUAAUCUAAUCGAAAAGAUGUGGAUUGACUUCGAAGACUUGCCUAGCUCUCCUGCUAGUAUUAUCAAAGUAUUGGACGAAAAGUAUACUGGAAAGAAGUAUACUGACAAAAUUAAAGACGUUACUGAGGCCAUGAAUAAGCACAACUGUGCUGGAUUGGUUGUUUCAGCAUUGGACGAAAUUGCAUGGUUGCUUAAUUUGAGAGGAAGUGAUAUCGAGUAUAACCCCGUCUUUUACGGUUACUUGAUCAUAACUAAUCAGCAAGUGACAUUAUUUGCCAAUAAUUAUAGAUUUGAUACAAAAGUCCAGGCAGCAUUACAGACAGACAAAGUAAAUGUGGAGCCGUACGAAAACUUUUGGAACAAGUUAAACUCAUUGUCAAAGGAUUUCAAUAUGGCCAAUAAGAAACUUUUGGUCCCUAAAACCUCAUCGUGGGAAAUCAUCCGUAACUUAAAGUGUUCGUUUGAGCAACCUUUAAGAUCGCCUAUAGAAGACUUAAAGGGUAUUAAGAAUGAUGUUGAACUUAAAGGGGCUCGUUCCGCCCACUUGAAGGACGGCCGUGCCCUCUGUAAGUUUUUUGCUUGGCUUGAAAAUGAAUUGAUAUAUAAAGGCGAAUUGAUUGACGAGCUCCAAGCAGACGACAAAUUAACCGAAUUCAGAAUGCAAGAAGAAAACUUUGUAGGCUUGUCCUUUGCCACUAUCAGUGCUACCGGGGCCAAUGCAGCCGUUAUCCAUUACAAACCCGUUAAAGGUGAAUGUGCUGUGAUUAACCCCCACAAGAUAUAUUUAAACGAUUCGGGUUCUCAAUUCUUAGAAGGAACCACCGACGUCACCAGAACUAUACACUUUACAGAACCUAAGCCAGAAGAAAUCAAGCAUUAUACUUUGGUCUUGAAGGGCAACAUUUCUUUAGGCAACUUGAAGUUCCCCGAAGACACCACGGGAGCUUUGAUCGACUCGAUUGCAAGACAGCAUUUGUGGGCUGCUGGUUUAGACUACGGCCACGGCACCUCCCACGGUAUCGGAGCAUAUCUUAACGUCCACGAAGGACCAAUUGGAAUCGGCCCAAGACCAAAUGCCGCAUCUUCGUCUUUGAAACCAGGACAUUUGAUUUCUAAUGAGCCUGGGUACUACGAGGACGGCGAGUACGGUAUCAGAAUCGAAAAUGUCAUGUACGUCAAGCAAUCUGGCCGUUCCUACAACGAGAGAGAAUUCUUAGAGUUCGAUACCCUCACCAGGGUCCCCUUGUGCAGAAAGCUUAUCGACGUUUCCUUGUUGACUACUGAAGAAAAAUCCUGGAUAAAUAAUUAUCACCAUACUGUGUGGCAAGAAUUGUCGCCUUCGUUUAGCAAGAACUCUCUUGAAUACAAUUGGUUAAAGAAGGAGACCGUCCCUUUAUAG